CCGUACCUCUCCCGGUUUGGGUGGAAACCUCUGUGCGUCCCUGAAAAAAACGCCCCUCUUGCUUACGGAAGCAAUUACAUUCCAUUACCCCCGUGCGUCGCGUUCAUGUGAACAACUAAAUAAAACAAAUUAUCAAAUGACGACGACGAAAUGGACCUCUAGCUCAAUCUGUACGUUUUAAAAAAAUAUCGAGGUUGGUAGCUUUAGCUAACUUAUUUAUCUACGUCUCCAUUUCUGUAGUAGGAGAAAAACACUCCGGCUGCUCUCUGCCCGUUACCACCAUUGGUUACCACCGACUCACCGCAAACCGCCUCGAGUAAAUGGCUGAUCAGGAACAGAUUGACAUAGACACGCUACUGGACAUGCCUGCGCCGGAGCGAUCGAGAACCGGGAGAGCAUCGGCUCUGGCUCGGCUACUGCACCAGGAUUGCACUCAUCUUCUGGAGCUAUAUAGGGAGAGGGAGAGUCUCUUGUCAGACCACACCCCAGCGGGGGACCGCAUCGUGCCCCUCUCUCUGUCCUCGCCUGACCUCAGCUCUGACGAGCAGGUUCGGCUCCUACACUCAGCCCUGCGCAAAUGCUCGGGCCUACUGGAGUGUCUCAUCCUACGAGAGGAAGAGGAGAUGGGCGAGCUAGAGGGCGAGUACGAGACGGCGAGAAAGAGCGUCCGGGAUCGACUGGGACAUCUGCUUCACAGCACCAAGGUCCUACUGGAGACCGACGAGGACGUCACCCCAGACCACCAGUGCGAUGAGGAGGUUGAUGGAGUUGUGGGUACUUUUGGGGCGAAAAUGUGGACCUAUCGGGUACUGCUAGAGCUGACCCAUUGGGCCGACUCUGCCUCGCAGACCCUUCAUGUCCUCCACUCCGAGAGGGAAGGGAAAGAAGAAGAAAUCUAGUUCCAACAGCUCUGAACUGUCUCAAAAUCUAACAUCAGUCAGGUUUCAAUAGCAGACAAUAUUACCAAUGACAUCCUAAGGUAUUAUGAUAUAUACUCCCCAAUGCUGGGAAGCUUUACUAAAAUCACAACUAAACUCCUUUUUAUGAAAUGCUAAAAAUGACUUUCACCAAAUUAUUCUAUAUACACUGUGUUGAGGUGCACCAGCAAGACUUGUUGCAGUAGCAUUCCUUUGUCAGAAAGGAUGGUUCGUGCCAUGGAUGACGCGUUCAGUUCCGGGACAGUUUUGUUGCUGUUGUUGUUGUAUAGUCUAUUUAUUGAAGCUGAACAACUUACUGAUGAGAAAUUCAAUUAUUAUUCCUACUAUUGUUCGAGGUAGAAUUGAAGGGGCUUUAGUUGAAACAUUCUAACACUGUUAGAAAUCGUGCCGUGACUAACACUUCAGACUAACAUUAACUAUUAGAAUGUAGGUAAAACAUUUUACUGAGAAACUGUUACUGUGAAAAUGCAGCUUGCUGACCAAUGAAGAUAGCUUGUGGUUCACACGCACCACAUGAUGCCAACAUAUCUCCAGAUUCUAUUCGUUUACCAUAGGAGAAAAGCAAUUCCAACAAACAUCAGGAUAUGAUCAUGUAACUGACAUACCGAUGUUGCGCUCAUCUUUUUUUUUUUUUUUUGGGUCAGGCAAGUUUAGAAAAUAAACUGUGAUGGAUCACGUAGCUGCAUGUUGUUAUUGUACUGUCAAGGUGGCUAUAGUCACUCACAGUAGGCUAAUUGUAUAUUCUACAUACUUGAAAAUGCUGCUAAAUCGUUUUAACUUGUUGACGUUUACCUUUUAGCUAAUAUUGCUCAGUAGCAAACUGAAUGUGUGUGUGUAGCCAAAACUAUCACACCCUCUUCACCCUCCUUCACAGUUGAAUGUCUGACACAGACUCCAAACACUGACUGAAUAUUAAGAUAAUGGAAAUAACCUCUGUGCUGACAUUUUUGGAUUUUGUUAUUGUGAGCUUUUCUAUUUAGUCAAACAUUAUCUGUAAAUUAUUUGGAUUUGCACUGAAUAUUAAACUGAAGUGUAUCUAGA